GAAUAAAGCUAGACUGCAACUAGAAUUGACUUAUACAAAUUCUAACAAAACGAACAAUUCCAAACAGAAAAAUAUCAAUGCGUGAACUUUAGCCCUAGAACAAAGAAGAGUUCAACUUGGACAUCAUUAGUCAAUAGUGUAAACAAAGAAAUAUCACACGUAUGAGCAUAAUAAAAAAACACAACAAAUAGCUAAGUACAGCCUUCAUAGACCAUACAUGACCCGGCUCACUAUCUUUCUGCAAUUGCUUGUUUGUUAAACAUUGGACAUGAUAACCAGUUAGCUCUCUUGGAAUUGAGAAAGAAAAGAUUCAAAAGCAAUGAACCUAAGGUGCCAACAAGUGGGAAGAAAGGACAGUUUGCUUAUCUAAUUUCCAAACUCGAAUAAGUCAAUACAAAUCUUCUACCUUAGUAACAGUUUCUCCACAUCGUAUUACCAUAUAUAAGCUCUUCGACCGUAUCUCGUAUGUCCAUACAUCUACUAAGGACAAGUGCAUCAAGCCUUAAACACAGAUCUCCUUUAAGAAUAAUAAGCCUCUACAUUACCUAAGCGGUACAACCAAAUAAAUCAAUCAUAACUAACUCACCGCAACCAAACUUCAAGAAAUCAUCGUGUUAGACGCCAAUCAGUUCAUGUAUACAUUAAUUCAUCAUUCUGAUCAAACUGGAAUAAAUAAACACGAAAUACCAACUGCUAACAAAACCAGAACGCCCUACUCCAAUAAUCAAAUUAAGAACAACCAGGGGCGGAUCUAUUGCAUAUAGACCAGGGGCAAUUGCCCCACCUCACCAUUUCAUUUAUACAUAGGUAUAGGUAUAAUAUUAUUAUAAAAUGUGUAUUAUGUAAAGCUUUGCCCCCUUAGUAUGUUAACAGAAAAAUCUUUAUUGCCCCACCUUGAAAAAAAAACGGAAGUCAAACAUGUAUUUUAAAUAAUAUUUAAUAAAACUUGGUUGUUUUUUUAGAUGGAAGAUAAAAAGUCAUUUUGAGUGUUGAAGAAGCAAACGUGUCUCUCUAUCUGCUCUUGAACAGUUGAACUUGCAGAGAAAAAUGAGAAGAAAGAUAUACAAAAGAAAAUAUCACAAUCCUAUACAAAGUUCUUGCAGGUUGUGACUUGGCUCUCGGAGGAAACGAAAUUCAUUCAAUCUAAAUCCAAAUAGAGAUUGGCCCGUCGCUCGCCGCUGCUGGAUUGUGGGAGUGGAGGAGAAGCUGCUCAGCUGCUGGAAAAGAAGCCGAGAAGCGAGGAGUAACAGAUGGAGAAAUUUCUCAAAAGAAAGAAUUUAAUAGUAGAAGGAAUACCAUCAAUUGGAGAAGGAGCAAGUGAUGAUCACUCUAAAAGAAGACAUGUGGAAAUCAAUUUGGAAGGCCUUCCUUCUGAUCCCGGGCUUAGAAAGAAUAUUUUCAGUUAUCAUCCUAAUGACCGUGAUAGAAUUAGAAGACAUUAUCUGCAACAAGGCCCGUGUCAACCGAAGGGACACGAUUUUCCUCAGAAAAAAAUUGGCAACAUAUAUCGACGCUUUGUUCCAAAAUGGUUUGAGGAACAUGGAAAUUGGUUGGAAUAUAGUGUUUCAAAAGAUGCUGCAUUUUGCUUGUGUUGCUAUCUUUAUAGGCCAAAUUCUAGAGCACAAUCAAGUGGUGAAGUGUUUGUAUCAGAUGGAUAUACUAAUUGGAAGAAAAAAGAAAAAUUCAACGAGCACGUUGGAGGUCCAGAUAGUGCCCACAAUAGAGCAUGGAGAAGUUGUGAGGAUUUGAUGAAGCAACAACAACAUAUCCAAUUUGCUUUUGCAAAGCAAUCAACACAAGCACGAAAGGAUUAUCGCAUUCGCUUGACGGCUUCACUUGAUUGUAUCCGUUUGCUUCUAUCUCAAGGUAUGGCAUUCCGUGGUCACGAUGAAUCAAUAGAGUCUACAAAUCAAGGCAAUUUUCUUAUGCUCCUACGUUUUCUUGCCGGUCAUAAUGAUGAUAUAAAGAAGGUUGUCUUGAAUAAUGCUCCGGGAAAUCAAAAAAUGAUAGCUCCUGAUAUUCAAAAAGAUCUUGUUCGUGCUUGUGCUAUGGAGACAACUAAUGUUAUUCUUCAUGAGGUAGGUGAAGAAUACUUUUCUAUAUUAGUUGAUGAAUCUCGUGAUAUAUCAGUCAAGGAACAAAUGGCGCUUGCUAUAAGAUUUGUCAAUUCAAAAGGAUGUGUGGUUGAACGGUUUAUUGGUAUUGUUCAUGUGAGAGACACCAAAGCUUCCUCAUUAAAAGCAGCUAUAGAAGUUUUGUUUUUGAAGCAUAAUUUGAGCUUGUCUAAAGUGCGAGGGCAAGGUUAUGAUGGAGCAAGUAACAUGCGAGGUGAAUUUAAUGGACUCAAGGCAUUGAUCCUGCAAGAGAACUCUUCUGCCUAUUAUGUUCAUUGUUUUGCUCAUCAAUUACAACUAGCUCUUGUUGCAGUGGCAAAGAAAAAACCACAAGUUGCUGCUUUUUUUAACUUGGUGAACAAUAUAACUACUAUAGUUGGAGCUUCAUGCAAGCGCAAAGAUUUACUUCAGGAGAAGCAAAUAGAAAGACUUUUGGGAGCAUUUGAUUGUGGUGAACUCUCAACGGGCACAGGUUCUAAUCAAGAAAGAAGUCUUCAAAGAGCUGGUGAUACACGUUGGGGGUCUCAUUAUAGGUCACUGAUAAAUUUGUCGAUGGUGUUCACUCCAGUUAUUGAGGUUCUCCAAAUCGUUGAAGAAGAUGGUACUGCAGAACAAAGUGGUGACGCAUGUUUGUUAUUAGGUGUUGUGCCAACUUUUGAGUUUGCAUUCAUUUUGCACUUGAUGACGACAAUCUUGGCAAUCACGAAUCAACUAUCUUUGGCAUUGCAAAGGAAAGAUCAAGAUAUUGUGAAUGCGAUGGCCUUAGUUGAAGUAGCAAAACAACAUCUACAAGAUAUGCGGGAUGAAGGAUGGGAGUCUCUGAUCAGCGAAGUAUCUAUAUUUUGUGAGAAAAAUGAUAUUGAAAUCUUAGAUAUGAAGGACAUGUAUAAGACUCCUGGUCGAGGUCGUCCUCAAAGGAAAGGUGAAGUUUUGACGAACUUGAAUUAUUUCAGGUUUGAGCUUUUUAAUGGUGUGAUCGAUUGGCAACUACAAGAACUCAACAAUCGCUUCAAUGAGGCUAACACAAAUUUGCUUCUUUGCGUGUCUUGCUUAAGCCCAAAGAGUUCCUUUGUUGCUUUUAACAAAUCCAAAUUGAUUGAACUUGCUCAUUGUUAUCCUUUGGAGUUCUCUGAAGUUAGUUUUCGGUUGCUUGACAAACAACUCGAGACUUAUAUCCGCGACAUGAGAUCACAUGAAGAGUUCUCAAAUCUUGAAAGUAUUGGAGAUCUUUCUCAAAGGUUAGUUGCUACAGGAAGACAUAUUGUCCAUCCAUUGGUUUAUUUGCUUGUGAAGUUGGCUUUGGUUCUACCUGUUGCGACCGCAUCAGUUGAGAGGUAUUUUUCGGCUAUGAAAAUUGUGAAAAGCCGUCUUCGUAAUAAGAUGGGAGACUCUUGGAUGAAUGAUUGUUUGGUUACAUAUAUUGAGAGAGAGGUAUUUUGUAAGAUUGAUGCUGAAAGAAUUUUGCAUAGUUUUCAAGUUAUGAGACCUCGUCGGGAACAAUUGUAAUUGUUUAGUCCAUGCUUAAUAUAUUUUAGUAUCUUUUUGUUUUAUGUUUAUUCAUUUAUUUGUAUAUAUUUAUAUUUUUGCCCCCUCUUGUACAAUGUUCUGGCUCCGCCCCUGAGAACAACAGAACUUGAUAGCCACCCAAACUAAACAGUAACUAUAAGGAAACUCUAAUCAUUACAGCAUUCAUCAUCGCACAACACUUACAGAAACACAUUCUAAAGUAUAACUAGUUCAGAAACCCCAAACCCUUAAGCAUAGAAAUCCAAACCACUAAAAAAUGCAAAAAACCAUACCUUCA